AGUAAAGCUAAACGAAAUGUCAAGUCACAGGUAAAUCUCAAGUAUUUGUAGUAUUUCCUUGGGUUAUUAUUGUUGCAAGGAAUAACUGUUUAAUAAUUAGUCAUGUCUGUUUUUAGUGCUUCAUCCUCAAGUGACAUUUCAGUCGACCUAACCGAUGCCUUUCGAAGUAUGAUACUGAACAAGCGUUUCGUGUUGUGGGAUGAUUUUGAAAGUGCCUUAAAAGAGUUCCAAAAAGUAUGGAACUAUAAUUUUAUCGCUUCUCAGACUACUUAUACUCGUUACAUCCACACAGAAAGCAGAUUGCUGAAGGAUGUCAGGUUCAGAUACCUGUUUGUAUCGUUUAAUUGUACGUUUGGUCACAAACGGAAAUCGGAAGGUUUGAAAGUGAGGCAAAAAUCGUCUAAAUUCCGUAAUUGUCAAUCUAAAUUCCGUGGACAACAUUAUGAAGUCGAUAUAAGCAUUUGUCAAUGCAAUUGUAGCAUGUUUAUGAUGUGUCGAUAUCCCUGCCGUCACAUGCUACUUGCCUACGUUAAAAGAAGAAAUCUUACAGCUCAUCAACUUCUUAGGUAUUGUAGCAGAUGGAAGUUACACAAUACCCAGAACUUCCAAAAUUAUACAUUAACUGCAUUACCACGACGGAGUGAAGAGUAUGUAAGUAUUCAACGCAGCCAAAGAAUCCAUAAACAUCGCAUCAUUGAGAAGUAUGGUGAACGCUUCGCAACAGAAGUUGAGAAGAAAGUUGACAAUUAUUACUUAAGAAUUCUUAAUACCAACUUGUAAACUUGAUUUUCUGCUUUAGCAGC